AUGCGACGAUGGUCCUCCUACGCCUCCGCUAGCACACGCGUUCCUCGCAAGAACGCCAUCCCACCCGCGACGGUCACGCGCCCCGUCCGCAAAAAAUACAGCGUGCUCGCCAGCGCCCGCGCUGCCCCCGUCGCGUCCACCUCAGCGUCCGCACAGCACCCCUCGCCACCCCGCCUCGCGUCGGUGCCCCCGAGCCCCCAUGCCCUCGUCAAGCCCGAGCUCGACCUCCUGCGCGAGCGUCUGCUCACCCUCCUGGGCUCCGCCCACCCCACGCUCACCGACAUCGCACGCUACUACUUCCUGCACCCGUCAAAGCAGAUGCGCCCGCUCCUCGUCCUCCUCUUCGCGCGCGCGACCAACGGCCUCGGCCGCGACUGGCCGCUCGUAGACUGGGCCGCGGACUGCGAGGGCGCGCGCGGCCGCACCGAGGAGCUCGACCACCCGCUCAACCGCGCCGACGUCCUCAACGACUACAACCCGAACAUGCCAGACCACACCGCCUCCUUCUCCUCUGUCUUUUCCCUCGUUCCGCCCUCCGCGCCCUCGCACCCGCCCCUUCCCCCGCCGCCCCGCCCGUCCACGUCUGCACUGAUCCCUGCCCUCGCGCCCUCCGCCCGCCUGCUCCCCACGCAGCUCCGCCUCGCUCAGAUCGUCGAGAUGAUCCACGUCGCGUCCCUCCUCCACGACGACGUCAUCGACAGCGCUGACCUGCGCCGCGGCGUCCCCUCCGGCCCCGCCGCCUUCGGCAACAAGCUCGCCAUCCUCGGCGGCGACUUCCUCCUCGGCCGCGCGUCCGCCGCGCUCUCGCGCCUCGGCGACCACGAGGUCGUCGAGCUCAUCGCGAGCGUCAUCGCCAACCUCGUCGAGGGCGAGAUCCUCCAGCUCGGCAAGGCCGGCCCCGACGCCGGCCGCACGGGCGAGAGCGAGGCCCUCGUCGCCGCACGCGUCGGCCAGGAGCGCUGGAACGUCUACCUGAAGAAGACGUACCUCAAAACGGCCAGCCUCAUGGCCAAGGGCGCGCGCGCGGCCGUCGUGCUCGGCGGCUCCAAGGAGGGCGAGAUAUGGAAGGAGGUCGCCUACGCCUACGGCCGCAACCUCGGCAUUGCAUUCCAGCAGCUCGUGGACGACGUGCUCGACUACGACGCGGCCGAGGCGACCAUGGGCAAGCCCGGCGGCGCAGACCUGCGCCUCGGGCUCGCGACCGGGCCCGCGCUCUACGCCUGGGAGGAGCACCCCGAGAUGGGCCCGCUCAUCGCGCGCAAGUUCGAGCAGCAGGGCGACGUCGAGCUCGCGCGCGACCUCGUGCGCCGCUCCUCCGGCGUCGAGCGCACGCGCGCCCUCGCGCGCGCGCAUGCGGACAAGGCGCGGGAGACGCUGCAGCUCCUCCCAGAGAGCGACGCGAGGAGCGCGCUAGAGGUCCUGACGGAGCACGUGGUCGGGCGGACAUGGUGA